AUGGGUCCCCAGAACCUGCCCGAAGGCCCUCGGCCUCCACUGGAACCUUUCGCCCUCCAUCCCACCCAGAGCCCCCGGUGCCGGGUCCCCCACACUGCCCACGCCCUCCCUUCGCUCGGGGCCGGGACGCUGUGCCCCCCGAAGGUGAGGAAGGCUGCCCGCUGCCCUUGCCCGAAGCGGCCGGGGCACCGCAACUGCUGCGGCGGCGGCGGCCGCCACAAUGCCGGAGCCACGGGGGCCGGGAUUGCUCCCUGCUCUCCGCCCCGGCCGCCGCUGCCGCCACCGCCGCCGCUGCUAAGGACGCACAACAAACAAUGCGGGGCCCGGGCCGGCACCGCCAACCGCCUCAACCGCCGCCUUAACCGCCGCCCGCCCGGGACGGCCAGCCGCGCAGGCGCCUGCCCCUCCGCCGCAGCCUACCCGCGCCGCCGCGCUCUGCCCGCGCCCGGUCCCCGCUCCCGCUCCGCCGCCGCCGCCACCUCGUCCGCCUGCGUCUCCGACUCCUCAGCCCAGCGGCGGCGGCUGCGGCGGUUGCUGCCCUGGUGGCGCUCGCGGCUCCGGUCUCCCCUUCGGCGGCGGCGGCAGCGGCGGCGGCGGCGGCAGCGAGCACCACCUGAGCCCCGCUGCGCUAGCGGCGUAACUGCUGCGGAGCGGGAACGAGCUGCGCAGGGAGGCGAGCGAAAUGCACGGAAACUUCGUAACUUCCGAAUCUGGGAGCGGCUCCCGGCCGCCGCCGGGGCGAGCCGGCCUUUCCCGCCCAGCGCCCCAGUGCUCGGUAUCUGCCAACUCAAGCAGUUACGCAAACGGAGAACGGCGCCUUCGGACCCCCUGGGUGCCUGUGCCUCAGACCCAUGUGCUCCAGGGACCCAGUGCCAGGCUACAGAGAAUGGUGGCUAUACCUGUGGGCCCCUGGAGCCCCGGGGCUGUGCCAGUCAGCCAUGCCACCACGGCGCUCUGUGUGUACCCCAGGGUCCAGACCCCAGUGGCUUCCGCUGCUACUGUGUGCCUGGAUUCCAGGGCCCACGCUGUGAGCUGGACAUCGAUGAGUGUGCGUCCCGGCCCUGCCACCACGGGGCCACCUGCCACAACCUGGCCGAUCGCUACGAGUGCCACUGCCCCCUCGGCUAUGCAGGCGUGACCUGCGAGGUGGAAGUGGACGAGUGUGCCUCGGCGCCCUGCCUGCACGGGGGCUCGUGCCUGGAUGGCUUGGGCUCCUACCGCUGCGUGUGCGCGCCGGGCUUCGGGGGCGCCAGCUGCCAGCUGGACCUGGACGAGUGCCAGAGCCAGCCGUGCGUGCACGGGGGCGUAUGCCACGACCUGGUCAACGGGUUCCGGUGCGACUGCGCGGACACGGGCUACGAGGGCGCGCGCUGCGAGCAGGAGGUGCUGGAGUGCGCGUCGGCGCCCUGCGCGCACAACGCGUCCUGCCUCGAGGGCCUCGGGAGCUUCCGCUGCCUCUGCUGGCCAGGCUACAGCGGCGAGCGGUGCGAGGUGGAUGAGGAUGAAUGUGCAGUGAGCCCCUGUCAGCACGGGGGCCAGUGCCUGCAGCGCUCCGACCCAACCCUCUAUGGGGGCAUCCAGGCCGCCUUCCCAGGUGCCUUCAGCUUCCGCCAUGCCGCUGGCUUCCUGUGCCGCUGCCCUCCGGGCUUUGAGGGGGACGACUGCGGUGUGGACGUGGACGAGUGUGCCUCACGGCCAUGCCUCAGUGGAGGCCUCUGCCAGGACCUGCCCAAUGGCUUCCAGUGCCACUGUUCAGAUGGCUACACAGGCCUGACAUGUCAGGAAGAUGUGGACGAAUGCCUGUCGGAGCCCUGCCUCCAUGGCGGGACCUGCGAAGACACCGUGGCGGGCUACAUCUGUUGGUGCCCAGAGGCCUGGGGUGGACGUGACUGUUCCGUGCAGCUCACUGGCUGCCAGGGCCACACUUGUCCGCUGGCUGCCACCUGCAUCCCCACCUUCCAGUCAGGGGUCCACAGUUAUGCUUGCCGCUGCCCACCUGGUACCCAUGGACCUUUUUGUGGCCAGAAUACCACCUUCUCCGUUGUGGCUGGGAACCCUGUGCAGGCUUCAGUGCCAGCUGGUGGCUCCCUGAGUCUGGCACUGAGGUUUCGUACUACGAUACCUGCUGGUGCCUUGGCCACUCGCUCUGAUACUCAGGGCAGCUUGGAGCUGGCACUGGUGGAGGCCACGCUUCAGGCCACACUCUGGAGCCACGGCAACAAUGUGUGCAUCCUGAGGCUGCUGGAUCUGCCCCUAAAUGACGGCCACUGGCACCGAGUGGAGGUGAUGCUCCGCCUUGGGGUCCUGGAGAUGCGGCUCUGGCACGAGGGCUGCCCUGCCCACCUCUGUGUGGCCUCCAGUCCUGUGGCCCCGCCUCCUACGGCUUCCCCGGCCCCGAAGCCUGCUGGGUUCUGCUCCACGCAGCUGGGUGGCGUGGCCUUUACAGGCUGCCUCCAGGACGUGCACGUGGACGGGCACCUCCUGCUGCCCGAGGAUCUCGGCGAGAAUGUCCUCCUGGGCUGCAGGCGCCAGGAGCAGUGUCAGCCUCCGCCUUGUGCCCACGCAGGGGUCUGCGUGGACCUGUGGACUCACUUCCGUUGUGACUGCCCCCGGCCCUAUAGCGGUCCCACAUGUGCUGAUGAGGCUCCUGCUGCCACCUUUGGCUUGGGGGGCACCCUGAGCUCUGCCUCCUUCCUGCUCGACCAGCUGCCAGGCCCCAACCUCACCAUGUCCUUCCUCCUCCGCACCCGGGAACGUGCUGGCCUUCUGCUCCAACUUGCCAACGAUUCAGUAGCUGGCCUGACAGUGUUCCUGCGCGAGGGCCAGAUCCGGGCUGAGGUGCUGGGCAGUCCUGCCCUAGUGCUUCCUGGGCGCUGGGAUGAUGGGCUCCGCCACCUGGUGACGCUCAGCUUUGGGCCUGAUCAGCUGCAGGGCUUGGGGCAGCAGGUGCACGUGGGCGGGAGGCUCCUCCCUGCUGACGCCCAGCCCUGGGGUGGGCCCUUCCGAGGCUGCAUUCAGGACCUGCGACUCAACAGCCUCCACCUCCCCUUCUUUCCACCGCUGCUGGAGAACUCCAGCCUGCCCAGUAUGCCGGGCAGCAGGCAGUCCUGGAACCUCACCAUGGGCUGUGUCUCCGAGGACACGUGCAGUCCUCAGCCCUGUCUCAAUGGUGGGACUUGCCUUGUCUCCUGGAAUGACUUCCAUUGCGCCUGCCCUGCUAACUUCACUGGGCCCACGUGUGCCCAGCAGCUGUGGUGUCCUGGCCAGCCCUGUCUCCCGCCUGCCACCUGUGAGGAGGUCCCUGAUGGCUUUGUCUGUGUGGCUGAGGCCACGUUCCGCGAGGGACCCCCGGCGGAAUUCAGCGGGCACAACGCGUCAUCCGAGCGCGCGCUCAGCGGCCUCUCUCUGGCCUUCCGCACGCGCGACCCCGAGGCCGGGCUGCUGCGCGCCGCGGACACCCCCGACACCGUCUGGCUGGCCGUGCGCAACGGCUCGCUGGCGGCCGGCGUGCGCAGUGGCCCCGGCCUGCCCGGCGCGGUGCUGCCGGCGCCCGGGCCGCGCGUGGCCGACGGCGCCUGGCACCGCGUGCGCCUGACCAUGGAGCGCCCCGCGGCCUCCGCGUCGCGCUGGCUGCUGUGGCUGGACGGCGCGGCGACGCCCGUGGCGCUGCGCGGCCUGGCCGGCGACCUGGACUUCCUGCGCGGCCCGGGCGGCGCGCGCGUCCUGCUGGCCGAGAACUUCACGGGCUGCCUGGGCCGCGUGGCGCUCGGCGGCCUCCCGCUGCCCCUGGCAGGCUCGCGGCCCGACGCGGCCCCCGGCUCCCGGGAGCCCUUCUCGGCCUGGCCCGGCGCGCCGGUUCCGCGACUCGGCUGCCGCGGUGCGCCCGUGUGUGUCCCUUCGCCCUGCCUGCACGGCGGCGUCUGCCGCGACCUCUUCGACGCCUUCGCCUGCGCCUGCGGCCUGGGCUGGGAGGGUCCGCGCUGCGAGGCCCGCGCCGACCCGUGUCGCUCAGCGCCCUGUGCCCGCGGCCGCUGCCACGCGCGCCCAGACGGCCGCUUCGAGUGCCGCUGCCCGCCUGGCUUCGCGGGCCCGCGCUGCCGGUUGCCUGUCCUGCCAGAGGAGUGCAGCCUGAAUGUCACCUGCCUCAGUGGUGGCCCGUGUGAGGGUGGGCCCCAGGGUGCCAACUGCAGCUGCCAGGAGAGCUUUGCUGGCCAGAGGUGUCAGAUCCCCUGUGAAGCCAACCCUUGCUUGAAUGGCGGAACCUGCCGGACAGCUGGUGGGGUAUAUGAAUGUAUCUGCAGUGCAAGCUUCUCAGGCCAGUUCUGCGAAGUGGUGAAGGGCCUAUCGCUGCCGCUGCCGUUCCCGCUGCUGGAGGUGGCAGUGCCUGCGGCCUGCGCCUGCCUCCUCCUCCUCCUCUUGGGCCUCCUCUCAGGGAUCCUGGCGGCCAGAAAGCGCCGCCAGUCAGAGGGCACCUACAGCCCGAGCCAGCAGGAGGUGGCCGGAGCCCGGCUGGAGAUGGACAGUGUCCUCAAGGUGCCACCUGAGGAGAGACUCAUCUAGGCCCACCUGGCUGUGGCUCCAGCACCUGUGAGGUCCUCAACUUCUACCUGGAGACCCAAGGAGGCCACUUCCGGGAGCCUUCCGGGCCUUGCGGAGCUGCUGCAGGGCCCAGGAUACCUGCUGGGGAAGUGUCCCCUUUGCUGGGAGCCCCUGCCCCGUCCUGGACCGAGGGGAAGGGGCGCGCUCAGGGAAGCAGAGAGGCCUGGCGAGGUUGUGGACAUUCUCCAUCCAGCUGCCCGGUCUUGCCUUGGCAGGCACACGGCUGUGCCGGGAGGAGCACCUGUGGGUGCACACAAUGUGUUCAGGAGUGUGUGUGAGUGUGCGCGUGCGCAUGUGUGUUUGUACCUGGGACUGUUGGUCUGCAGAUACCAGUGUGAGUGUUACGGAUGGGGCUCAUGGGCACGUCCACGUCUUUGCUGUUUGUGCACGUGACUGUGUAGUGGGUGCAGGUGACCCCACGGAGGGGCAGCUGGGCAGUGGAGACCACCUUCUCAGCCCCGGGGCAGGGGCAGCCCAGGGCCAUGAGUUCUCCUGGAGGCCAGGCCAGGGCUUGCCCAAGGACCAAAGCCCCAGCUCCGGCAACUUCUCCCACCUCCAGAGGCUGCCCCGGCCCUGGAGGCAGCUGGAAAUCAGUGGGGUGGGGGGCAUGAGCCAGAGGGUAAUGUGUGAGCUCCUGGCUCCCCAAACAAAUGCUCCCUGAGGCAGGUCUGUCUCUGCCCUCUGGCAGCCAGGCACCCGCUGGGAUGCAGACUGAGGGGCAGA